AUGGCCAAUCCACUACGAUUCAACACCGGAUUUCAACGAGCCUUUGCGUUUCAUGUCCACACGAAACCCACUGCCGGCUAUGUCCCGUCCGCAACCUUCUCAGAUACCUCCAUCCCAAACUCUACGGAACAUGAAGAAAUGUUGAGGUUGGCAAAUGAGAAGAUCACAAUCUUGGAACAAGACAAAUCUGUGGCUAAUGAGAAAAUUACCAAGCUGGAAAGUGACAACAAGUAUUUGAAGAACAUCACUAACCGGAUUCUCAACAAGUUCCCAAAGUUACUUCCAUCGGAGGAUGAUGAUUACGAACUUACGAUGUGA